AUGUCUGCCUUGCAGGAGCGUGAGCUCAAGCAGCAAGGCGCCAUCGAGGCAGCCGAGGAGAACUUGGUCUCUCCCGAGCAGGCGGAGAAGCAGAUGGUGGAAGAGGCCAAGAACGCCGGUAUCCCUGCCUUCACUUUUGAUCCAGAUGCUACUCCAGAGCAAAAACGAGCUCAAGCUCAAGCUGCAAUCCCCCCCGAACUUCAAAGGAGAAGGCGCCCCAAAGGUGCUGCCAUCAUCACCGAUGUCGACGAUGGCACUGGACCUGACGAGGUACUUCCCGACAUUGGGAAGGCUGGUGUUCUUGACGUCGCAAAAGAUGCACAAGGCAAAGAUGCGGCGGGCACGAUUGGCGGUUCCCAAGAAGCUCCAUACUCCCGCACCGGUUGGGCUCCCAAGUUCGGAUGGGGUGGCGGCGUAAUCGACGCAGAGAGUCUCCUGGAUCAUUCCACUUGGCUGGAGGGUAGAUUGCCUCACAACCUUUACGGAGACUGGUACCACAAUACCGCAUUGAUUAUCUUUGCUUGUAUUUCCUCGUGGCUUGUCGCUGUUUUUGGCGGCGGCCUGGCCUGGAUCAUGGUUAUCAUGGCUAUAUGUUCAACAUACUACCGAACCUCGUUACGACGAGUGCGUCGCAAUUUCCGCGAUGACAUCACUCGAGAGCUUGCUCUGAAAAACCUCGAGAGCGAUCACGAAUCGCUGGAAUGGAUCAACUCCUUCAUGGUCAAGUUCUGGCCCAUCUAUCAACCUGUCCUUGCGCAAACUAUUAUCAAUUCGGUUGAUCAAGUUCUCAGCUCUGCAACUCCAGCUUUCCUGGACAGUCUGAAGCUCAAGACCUUCACCCUCGGCUCCAAGCCUCCUCGCAUGGAGCAUGUCAAAACAUAUCCCAAAACCGAAGACGACAUUGUCAUCAUGGACUGGAAAUUCAGUUUCACUCCCAAUGACACGGCUGAUAUGACGGCUCGUCAGGUUAAGAACAAGAUUAAUCCCAAGGUCGUGCUCGAGAUAAGAAUCGGCAAGGCCAUGAUUAGUAAGGGUCUCGACGUUAUUGUGGAAGACAUGUCUUUCUCCGGCAUCAUGCGACUUAAGAUUAAGCUCCAGAUUCCUUUCCCCCAUGUCGACAGGAUUGAAAUGUGCUUUCUCGAACGCCCCACGAUUGAUUAUGUCUGCAAACCUCUUGGCGGCGACAACUUUGGUUUCGAUAUCAACUUCAUCCCCGGUCUCGAGAGCUUCAUCCUGGAGCAAAUUCACGGCAACUUAGCGCCAAUGAUGUAUUCGCCGAAUGUCUUCCCCAUCGAAAUUGCAAAGAUGCUCGCAGGCACUCCGGUUGACCAAGCCGUCGGCGUCCUUGCGCUUACCCUGCAUGGCGCGCAAGGCCUCAAGAAUACAGACAAUUUUGCUGGAACAGUCGACCCAUAUGCUUCUAUUAGCUUCAGUCGCCGUCAGGAACUCGCCCGAACCAAGACCAUCGAAGACAACGCCAACCCAAGAUGGAACGAGACUCACUAUCUCAUUAUGACAUCCUUCAAUGAUACUCUCGACAUUCAGGUAUUCGACAAGAAUGAAUUCCGAAAAUCCAAAGAACUCGGUGUCGCCACAUUCCGCUUGGAAGACCUCGAAGAGCUCAAUGUCCAUGAGAAUGAGAGACUAGAAGUCAUUGGAGAUGGUAAAGCUCGCGGUGUUGUAUCCUGUGAUUUGCGGUUCUUCCCUGUGCUUGAAAGCAAAGCUUUACCCGACGGCAAGGUUGAGCCGGCGCCAGAGUCUAACCAGGGAAUUCUUCGUUUCACUGUCGAGCAAGCCAAAGACCUGGAUGGAACCAAGAGUUUGGUCGGCCUUCUAAACCCAUACGCAGCCAUGCUCCUCAAUGGCAAGAUAGUACACCAAACCAAGAUACUCAAGCGCACUAAUAACCCUAUUUGGGAUAAUGGCUCCAAAGAGAUUCUCAUCACAGACCGACGCAAGGCUAAACUAGGUGUCACGGUUAAGGAUGAUCGCGGUCUUAUCAGCGACCCUUCCCUCGGAAUGUACCAGAUUAAACUCGAUGAAAUUCUUGAUUGCAUGGCACAAGGCAAAGAGUGGUAUCAGUUGUCUGGGGCCCAGUCUGGCCGCGUCAAGAUGAUGGCACAAUGGCGACCUGUCGCCAUCUCUGGCGUCAUCGGUACGGGUGGUUAUUCUACUCCAAUCGGCGUCAUGCGGCUACACUUCCAAAAAGCCACCGACUUGCGAAACUUUGAGUCAUUCGGCAAAUCUGACCCGUACGUCCGUGUUCUGCUUUCCGGCAUUGACAAAGCAAGGACUGUAACGUUCAAGAAUGACCUUAACCCUGAGUGGGAUGAGGUUCUCUAUGUACCCAUCCAUUCUCCCCGCGACCGUCUCACUCUGGAAGUUAUGGAUGCUGAAAAGAUGGGCAAAGACCGCAGUCUUGGUUUAGUAGAAAUGUUUACUGGUGAUUAUGUUCACCAAGAGGAAACAGGCGAAUACAUGGUAAAUGAGAAAAAGUCGAUACGCAACGAGGGCCUGCGAUUACACGGUAAAGGCAUUGCCAAAGGAACGCUUACAUACACCGCCGCCUUCUACCCCUGCCUCAACGUUGCAGAUCCCGAGGAAGAAGAGGAGGGAGAGGAGGAGGGAGAGGCCGAAGUUACCCCAAAGACAGAGAAGGCCAACGGCAAAGCUGCUGGUGACAAAUCUGAGGAAACUCCACGCGCUUCCGUUGAUCGUUCCUCCAAUGCUGGCAACGUCAGAGCUAGUGUGGACAAACCACAGGCAAACUUGGAGAAGGUCAAUUCAAACGGAGGCAGUGACAAAGCAGACUCUGAAACUACAGACCGACGCUCUGUGGAGAGGCAAGGCCCGCCGAAGAUCCGACUCAGCCCUGAAGAGCUCCUCAAGCAUGAAAGUGGUCUCCUCAUCUUCCGCAUCCUGGAAGCCGAAUUACCCGAAAGCCACAGCCGUCUUGAAGUAUUCGUGGAUGACAUGGCUUAUGCCUCUUACAUUACUUCGACUGCCCCAUCCAAGACUUAUAAGUUCGAUGAAAUCGGUGACUGUGUCAUCCGUGAACUUGACUUCUCCCGUCUCACUCUGAAAGCUCGCAAGAAAGGUGACGACAAGGACCAAACUUUGGCUCAACUCACUGGAAAUACCAUGGAGACGCUCAAGCAGUGCUUGAACAACCCAACAAUGCUCAAACUGCGAACCGAUGACGGCAAGGGUGGAUGGGUCAAAGUCAGUCUAAAGUAUAUUCCUAUCAAGAUGCAAUUGAAUCCGAGCGAAAGCAUCAACAACAUGGGCAAUCUUCGCGUGGAUGUUCUGGAUGGUACAGGACUGCCAUCUGCCGACCGAAACGGAAAGAGCGAUCCAUACUGCAAGUUUGAGCUCAACGGCGAGGAGGUCUACAAAACCAAGGUCAUCAAGAAGACUCUCAAUCCAACAUGGAACGAGUACUUUGAGGUUGCCGUUCCUUCGCGAACCGCAGCCAAGUUCAAUGUCGAUGUGUACGAUUAUGAUUUUGCCGACAAGCCCGACUUUUUGGGCGCGGCGGUAAUUAACUUGGACUCUCUCGAGCCGUUCAAAGCCAGUGAGUCCAAAUACAUUCUGGACGGAAAGUCCGGUACCAUUCGUCUGCGAUUGCUCUUCCGCCCAGACUACAUCACAAGAAGCAUCCACGGAACUUCAACCUUUUCUGGUCUCGGAGCUCCUACUAGAAUCGUUACGGGCGUUGCUGGAGCCCCCAUCAAGGGAGGCGUCGCUGUGGCCGGCGUUGUCGGUCAUGGUGUCGGCAAAGGUGCAUCAUUCUUGAAGCGCGGUCUUCUCGGCGGCAAGAAAGAAAAGGAAAAUGGAGCCGUGCCAGAAAAUCCUGAGAUUCCGGUCAUUGCUACCACACCCAGUGAGGGAGGUCCAGGAAUGGAGCCUGGGCUGCGAAAAGCUACUGGGCUUUCUGAAUCUCAAGAUGCGGCGCAAACUAUCAGCACGUCGCAGGCGAGUUCUCCCGGCCAUGCCCGGACGAAGAGCAUUGCUACUUCAAUCCAUAGUACUGUACCGGGCGGCGGCCCCAAAGGCACCGCUACUUUUACGAUUGUGGGCGCUUCUGGUUACCCAUUAUCAACAGAUCUUUUCAUCCAGGUGUCAAUGCUUUCACCAAAAGAGAAGGUCGUUGGCAAGACGAAGCACUUCAAGUCAUCAAAUGGAAAAUGGAGCUUCGAGGAGACGUUCAAGGUCACUUGCGGUGCUGAUGCCCAGUUCAAGGUUGAGGCCAAGGGAGAUCACUUCAUCGGAAGUAGUGAUGAACUUGGAGAACAUGUCUACUUUGUGGAUGAAAGUGGAUCCGGUCAUGCAAAGGAGCUUACUGUUGGUGAUGGUACAGUCACACUCAAGAGCAGCUUCCAACAUGCUGAAACAGACGCGCCCGAUACGCCAAAGUCCAACCUUCGACGUAGUUUCUUGAGCAAGCGAGAGUCUCGAACUAGCCGGGAAACGACACCUAACCCUUAG